AUGUCGGACGAAACCGUCGAAGGCAAUGACAAUAGUUGGUUUUUUGGGGCGGCUCAUUUCAAUGUUGCAUGUUCAAUGUUGCAAUGUUGCGGCAACAACACCGAGGCGAAGGUAGACGUUACGAUCCCCAUGGUCACCUCUUUUCUCUUGCUGAAAAAGUCGCGUGAGGAAAUUACUGAAGAUAUAGCAAUAUCUUCGUCUGGGGAUUGCGUUAUCUCUAAUUGUAGCUGCUGCUUCGGCGACUUGGCCGGGCCGGGCCCAUCACUUGAAAUUCACCAGAUACUGGAGUCGAACAGCUGUCGAACCUGCUCCUCCUUCUCCUUGCCAGUUGCAAUUGCGCAACUUUUGGUUUAA